CAGCCGAGAUGGCCAUUCAUCUGGAGGGGAAGGGAGAGGGACGCAGCUGGGGCGCAGAGAGAGCGCAGCGCAUUUACUCUUAAAUAUCAAUAUUCAGCCUCAAACACAAUCAGCGCGGAUUUUCUUUUCCUCUCUCUUCCCUUUUUCUCCACUUCCUUCCAUUUUUAACAUGUUUGGAGGCUUCAUUCGAGCUGCGCGGAGACACACGGAGCAUUGAAGGCGAUCCAAAAUCCACCUCAACUUCUAUUCUGCAUGGAAAACACAAGAAAAACGCACUGAAUUGUGUGGAGAUCUGCUUUGGAGAGCGUUUUGGCUCGCUUUUACGCACAGAGACUGACAUCCGGACCGGAUAGCGCACCGAAGCUGCGCGAUUAACUCUUCAAGCUGUCGGCAACUACAUCCAAAGAAACUCGUCUUGUUUCUUGCGCAGCAAAUAAGAAGAAAUCAGGAGGUUUGAAGUGAAGAUCGAGGGACUUGAGAAUCUUUGGAAGCACCGUGGCGCACAAAUGGUGUUUCUGUGGGACGCUAAAUACGACCCAGCCCCUGGCCGGCGCUACACUCCCCCCUCCACCACUCUUGCCUCGGGGGGGAAGAUGGCCGAGGCCCUGCCCCUGGGAGCCCAGGAGGCCGGUGGAGGGGCGGCUCUGGUGGGCAAACUGCGAAUGGCCGACCGCGGCAUGGUGGAGGUGAUCUCAGAUCAUCCAGGCGAGCUAGUGAAGACGGACAGCCCCAACUUCCUGUGCUCUGUGCUGCCGACUCACUGGAGGUGUAACAAGACUCUGCCCAUCGCUUUUAAGGUGGUUGCCCUGGGCGACAUCCCUGAUGGCACCUUGGUAACGGUGAUGGCCGGAAACGACGAGAACUACUCAGCGGAGCUUCGCAACGCCACAGCUGCCAUUAAGAACCAAGUGGCCCGAUUCAAUGACCUGCGCUUCGUCGGCCGCAGUGGAAGAGGAAAGAGCUUCACGCUGACCAUCACAGUGUUCACCAACCCUCCUCAGGUGGCCACAUACCAGAGAGCCAUUAAAAUCACGGUGGACGGUCCCAGAGAGCCACGACGUCACCGUCAGAAGAUGGACGAGGUCAAACCGGGCUCCCUGGCGUUCUCUGAGCGGCUAACGGAGCUGGAACAGCUGAGAAGGAGCUCCAUGAGGGUGACGCCUCCUCACCACCAUCACCACCAGCCCUCAGCCAACAGCCGCCAAUCUGCCGCGCUCAACUCCGCCACCUUCUCCAACCCCACGCACACUCAGAUCGCUGCUGACUCCAGACAGAUGCAGACGUCUCCAUCUUGGUCCUACGAUCAGUCAUAUCCCUACCUUGGCCAGAUAACCACGCCCACCGUCCACUCAGCCAAUCCUCUGUCGCCUGGUCGCUCCUCGCUCAGUGAUCUGUCAUCUCGACUCACAGGUCCUGACCUCGCAGCCUUCGGUGACCCCAGAGUGACCUUAGAACGGCCUUUCAGCUCCCUCCCUUCCCUGCCUGACUCGCGGUUCUCCGAUCCCCGGGUGCACUACCCUCCCACAGCGGCCGCCUUCACCUACACACCCUCCCACCACCCCGUCUCCAAUGGCGCCCUUGGCAUCACCAUGGCGACAGCGAUGGCAACCACCCCUGCAGGGCGGUACCACACCUACCUGCCUCCACCCUACCCCGCGAACACCUCACACCAAGCUCAGAACGGGCCCUUCCAGUCCACCUCCUCACCGUAUCACCUCUAUUACUCCACCGCCGCCGGCUCGUACCAGUUCUCCAUGAUGGCCGGUGGAGGAGGCGCCAAUGACUCACGCUCGCCUCCACGAAUCCUGCCGCCGUGCACCAACGCCUCCACAGGCUCCUCACUGCUACACCCGUCUCUGCCCAAUCAGAGUGACGGGGUGGGAGUGGAGGUGGAGUCCAGCCACAGUAGCUCCCCAACAAACAUGGCUGCUGCCGAAGCAGUCUGGAGACCUUACUGAACCCUCUGAGGUGGUCAAACACGAAGGGUGUGCUCAUUCGGGGUGGUCAUCUGAUGGUGGACGUUGACCAGGGUGGAUCAAAGUGACAUCAGUGAACACAGUGAAAACUUUCCAUCCCUCAAUGACCUGUCAACUGAUGAUUUGGAUAUUUCUCCUAUUGCCUGUAAAUCCCAUGAAACGUCCACCAAACCAGACCAAAGACCAACCAAAAAAUAUUGAAUAUGUUUAUCUCUCAGUACUGUUUGCUUUCAGAGCCAAGUUUGUUUGUUUGUUUCUCGAAAGACAUAUAUCUUUGAAAACAUGCAGCUGAUCAUUAUUCAUUCAGGAGAAAAGGAAGCAUUUGCUCAACAACAGUAAGAAUGGAAUAAUUUCAGUAGAUAUGAGGGUUGAUCAGAAUGUUACAAGACUAUCAAUACAAAUCAAAUAUCACAUUCGGUACAUAUUUGACUGCCAUUCCAGUCGAAGUAGUCUCCUUGUGCGGUGAAAUAGUGUGUUCAGUUCUUCUAGAAGUUCUGUUUUGGAGACAUCUCAAGCACCAUCUGGAAUGAGGGCUGAAUUUUGUAAACUGUGUCAAAGCGGCAAAUCUUGGGGUUGAAUGUUAUUUUGGAGUAGACAGAAAAGUCACAGGGAACCAAGUCUGAUUUGUAGACCAGAUCAUAAGAGAUUAUUAUGCUGUUGUUGCAAAAAACAAACAAAAAAAAAACUCAUAACAGUUCAGGUCUCUUUGCACCCUCAGGACGUUACAGUAGAGCUUUAAUCCGACUCUUGAGAUGAAUUCCUGGUGCAUAACCAUGCCAGUUUUCCUAAACACCAUUAACAUGUCCCUGGUGCUGUCAUGACCCUAUGCAUUGGUUUGGAAUUUGCAGGUUCUUCCAUUGUGAAAACUAUUGUUUCUUCUGUUGAUGGUAGCUGCAGACCCACCUCUCCUUGACAUGAAUUUUGGUCGUAAAAACAAAAAAACAUCUUCUACAGAUCAAGAACAAUCUGGGAACUUUUUGAUCAGCUCUUGUACCACCCAAUAGUUGUGGGAAACUGUGACUUAAGAGCACUGAAUUGUUUGUUUUUUUGAUUUGUAAUUCUUGGAAAACCUCCACCCAGCACUGUACAUCAUCACUUGACCAGGAGCCAGAUGAGCACACCCAGUUCAAAACUGUCGACUGACAAACAAUGUUGGUCAAUGAAGAGCAUUCAGAAUGACUGACGGCUGCGUCGGCCAACAGACAGCAGUGAGUGGACCGUCUCAUCAGAUUAUAUGACCUGACAUCCCACUCAGGACUGAGAACAGGACUCCAGAGAGGAGCCUCCAUUAAAUGAAGGACCUGAACGGACAUAAAUAGACAGAAACAGGGUAAUGUUUUGGUUUUCACACUGACAAAGUGCAUGCUGCAGCACUGGACUGAUCUCAGUUCAGCAUCCUUUGUUUAAAUAUCAGGACUUGUCCCCCAUAAAUGUUGUUGUGAAUAGAUGAUUUGCUCCUGCCAAAUGUUGUGAUGGCCUCUUUGUGUUUACCAUCCAUUUUUAAUGCAUCAUCCUUGUUUUUUUCUCCAUAAUGCUUUUAACAUUCUGCUAAGAUUUUUAGGGGAAAAAAACACCUCAUCUUCUUCUGAAAAUCUGAAAACAUGUUCACUUACUAUAGGUGUUUCUUGGCCCCCAAAGUCAGUUUAACCCUCAUGUUGUCCUGUGGGUCAAAUUGACCCAUUUUAAAGUUUGAAAAUGUGGGGGGAAAAUAUAUAUUUUCACAGUGCAACUUCUGAUGUCCACAUUUUCAACAUUUUUGGGAAAUUGCUGAACUUUUUUGGUGGGAAAAAAAGAAAUGUUAGAAAUAUUUCUUUAGAGCAUUCAUGAAAAAAUCAACCAAAAUCCAGUAAAAUUUGCUGGAUUUGUGUAUUCAUGAAUGUUCUUAAAGAAAAUAUUAGAAAUUUUACUGAUAUAUAUGUAAUUAUUUUAGAUAUUUUUAGGAUUUUUUUGGAAGAUUUUAAUCAUUUUUUAAAAAAAUAUUUCCAAGAAUUUUCUUGUCAAAUUUGGGGCAUUUUUUUCAAAUAAAACUUUCAGGGGAAAUUUUUAAGGAAUUACUGAAAUUUUCUUCCUGAAGGUUUUGCAAAUUUUCAGAAAUUUGGGGGAUUUUUUUGCUGAAUUUUUGGAUUUUUUUUCAGACAAGGAAACAAUAUUUUUUGGUGCCUGUAAAUGAAGACAACAGGAGGGUUAAAUAGACUACCAUCUGAACACUGAAGAAAAGGCUGAGUUAUAGUCAAGAUCAAGGUCUGACUGGUGUUUUUAGACAGAAUAUUGGUUUUGGAAUGAAACGACUGCGACUGAGUCAUUGUCUUCCAUCAGCAGGUUUUAUCAAAGCUGAUCUACUCCGUCCUCCAUCCCCCUCCAUCUGUUGAAGUUUGACUCAUUGUCUCACCACAUUGAAAAACCCUUACAGCAUGGAGUUUUUGUAAAGUGUUUUAAUUUAUUUCUACAAUACCUUUUUUGGUAGCAUUUAAUGUGUGGGUGCGAUGAGUGUGAGUGUGUGAGAGAGAGUGUGUCACAUUUACCCAUGAUCCACUGAUGAUUUGUACUGUAUAUAGCAAUGGCUGUAAAUGACACCGCAUUUGAUCAUGUUUUCAUCACUCCUUCCUUCCUCCCUCCCUCUCUGACACACACUCACACACACACUCACAAUGGUUUGUUUUGACAUUGUUGGUAGUGCACAUUUGGUUUUUGAUUUAUAUAAAUAUUCUUGUGUAAAAAAUA